CCGCCCUGGACACAGGAUACACAGCCCAGAGGCUGAGCUCGAAGAGAAACAAAAGGAACUGCCUGGGUCCCCAUGGCUGUGGCCCGCACCUUCAUGCCAGGGCUGAACCCCCAGAACCCUCAUUAUAUCCCGGGGUACACUGGACACUGCCCGCUACUUCGGUUCAGCAUGGGCCAGACCUAUGGACAGAUGACUGGGCAGCUACUUCGCGGCUCCCCUGGCCUAGCCUGGCCCCCCGCCCACCGCACACUUCUGCCUCCCAUUCGGCCUCCAAGAUCCCCCGAGCCUCGCAGGAGGAGCCUGCCUGUCAGGCGCGGACACGAAAGGCUCAGCUCCAGCAUGGUCCCUGGGUACACAGGUUCGGACGCAGGUUUUGUGCCACAUGCACAGUUCAUCUUUGCCAAGAACUGCAGCCAGGUCUGGGCUGAGGCUCUCAAUGGCUUUACUCAGUGCAGCGGAGGACAGGGGAGUCAGGAGCUGCCCGAAGAGGCCAAGAGGGAAAAAGAUGUGGAGAAAGACCACGAGCCAAAGCCGGAGGCAGAGCCGGAGGCGGAAAAGGAGCCGGAGCUGGGGCAGGAGGCGGAACAAGCGUCCCCUUAUUCCAUGGAUGACAGUGACCCUCGCAAGUUCUUCAUGUCAGGCUUCACUGGCUACGUGCCCCGGGCUCGCUUCCUCUUCGGCUCCAGCUUUCCUGUGCUCAGCAACCAGGCGCUGCUGGAGUUUGGAGAGAUGAAGUCUCCGGGCAGGUCCUGGAAGGAUCCUAAGCAUCUCCCGGCACUGUCCCGGACCUACCCUCAGCACCUGGGCCUUUUACCUAAAUACGGGGGCUAUGUGCCAGGGUAUAAGUUCCAGUUCGGCCGCACAUAUGGGCAUCUCACCCAGGAUGCUCUGGCUCUCAGCACCCUCCAGAAGCAGCUGCUGGUGUAGGUACCUGGAAUUUACGUUCUCUCUUCCCUUGUCAUCCUAUCCCAGCCAUCCUUUUGGAAAGAAGAAAGGCGGGUUGGCGGGUGGGAGGAAGCGCAUAGAGAGAAUGGUUUGGAGGCCGAGCACCUUUUUUAUUAAUAGGUGUAAUAAAUAAAUAAAUAAAUACAUAAACAGAA